AUGUCUUCUCAGCCCAAGCCCCUCCCUCCCGUCAAGCGAUACAUCACCACCCACGAUGCCGAGGGAAACGCAAUCUGGGACGAAUCUGUCCCCCUCGAGGUCGAGGAGCAGCGUAGCGGCGGCUUCUCCAUCCACUCAUCGUACAUCCACCUGGACAACUCCCAUGACCUCAACAGCGGAAACGACCUCAAGGCCUACAGAGAGAACCCUUAUGAGAAGGACCUAGCUCCAGAGUCUGGAUCUACCCUACGAGUCGUUGACUUCUGGCCUGGCUUCCCGGCUGUCAUGCACCGAACCGCCAGCAUCGACUAUGGCGUUGUCAUUGAGGGCGAGGUUGACUGUGUCCUCGACAACGGCGCCACCAGAACCUUCCGGAGAGGCGAUAUCAUAAUCCAGAGGGGGACCAAUCAUGCCUGGAAGAACUCGGGCACUGAGGUGGCUCGGGUUUGCUUCACGCUUCUGCCUUCGGCCCCGAUCAAGGUCCAGGGCAAGGAGCUCGAGGUUCAUGGCAUGGCUGACCUGGGAAGAAUCGCAGAGGAGGCAAGCAACAUUGUAUAG